AUGACAGCAACUGCUCUGGAAAUCUCUACUACGCCAGGACCAUUUACAAAAACUGUACUUGAAACAACAACUAUUGCGCCAGCAGCAUCAACAAAGCCACCUGUAGCAUCAUCAGCAAAAACAACAAUCGUUCCGGAAAUAACUGCUGCACCAGAAGCAACAACAAUUGUUCAGGAAACACUUACUUCACCAGAGGCAACAAAAACAACUGUAACUGGAACAACAACUACUACGCAAGCAGCAUCAACUAAGCCAACUUUAGCAUCAUCAGUAAAAAUAACUGUUCCGCAAACAACUCUCACACCAGAAGAAACAACAACAGCUGUUCCGGAAACAACUCUUACACCAGAAGAAACAACAACAGCUGUUCCGGAAACAACUCUUACACCGGAAGAAACAACAACUGUUCUGUUAAACUUUGACACACCAAAGGCUACAACAACUGUUCCGCAAACUGCUACUACAGCAAUGUCAGCAACACCGGCAACUGUUCAUGAAAUAUCUAAUACACAAGUAGCAUCAACGGCGACAGCAACUGUUUCGGAAAUCUCUACUACACCAGAAGCAUUAUCAAUAAACGCAACAACUGUUCUGGAAAAAACAACUACACUUGAGGCAACAACAUCAUCAACAAUUGAUACGGAACCAACCACCUUUUCAACACUCGAAACAACUGUUCUGGAAGCAACUAAUCUACCAGAAACAACAACAAUAGCAACUGUUCUCGAAACCACUACUUCAUCGUUAGCAUUAAUCGAGACCACUGUUCCUGAAAUAACUACUAUACCCGUGGAAUCAUUGACAACAACUCUUCCGAAAACAACUAUUGCCCCUAUAACAUUAACGUGCUACUGCCGUAUCAUCCUCAACGACAACAACCGUCCCGGAGACAACUACAACAGCAGUCUCAUCCACAACAACCACAACUGCUCCGAAAACAACAUCCACAACAGCACCGUCAACAACUUUUGCGGAAACGACUACUACUUCUGCACUAUCCAGAAAAAACAAAUCAUCAUCAUCAUCAUCUUUAAUAACAACAACAAGUUUUUUUCGGAAACAACUACAACACCUCUAUCACCGCAAACAGAAGCAACAAGAACAACUCUUCUGAAAAAAAACAACUUCAGCAGUAGCAUAUACAACAACAACAACUGUUCCUGA